AUGUUGGCUUCAAAGCUUUCCAAAAGACUCGCGAAUCACCUUUCAGGCAUAGACAUCCAGAGAUACAGCCGAGUUUCACCAUCUAGAUUGGCAGAAAGCGCUUUACCGAAGAUUGGUCUAAUCGAGCUGGUUUCCGCUGAAGACUUCUCACAGCUCUAUGAUGAGCUCUACACUGCCAUGUUCCCACAUCAGGGAGAACGCGAAAGAUCAAGCCUCAUCGUUGAACGUCUGCAGAAAGAAUUCGCUGGAUGUCGUCAGAACUUAGCACCCUACCGAAUCAUCGGCAUUCGAGACUACGAGGGUAAAGCAAUCGGUGCUGCUCAAUUUUCGGUACUGCUACUGGCUGGCAACAAGUAUGCGGUUCCCUACGUGCAAUACAUCUAUGUACGUGAAAAGAAUCGCAGACAGGACAUGGCCGAGCUGCUUCACACUCUGACGUUGGCUGUGGCCACAGCGGAUGCUGCGCAGCGUACAGUACCUUUCGAGUUGUUUGAGACAGAGCCGCCCAAUCAUGGAGACGAUGAAAAUCGUAAGACGAACGCAACGCAACGUGCAUUAAUUCAUGCAAAAGCAGGUGCUAUAGCGAUCAUGCUUCAUAGACCCAAUAAUGGUGCCCUCAUCAGUCCUCAUGUGCAACCCGGCCUUGAAAUUGGGGACCCUCCUUUGUCGUUGGUGUGGGCUAUUCGACCCUCACCUGCUAUUACUGACAAAAACAUCGAUAUCGUGGAACUAGGUCUGACUCUGGUCGCAGCAUACUACCAAUCACUUAGGGACGAAGGAUUUCCCGAAGCCAACAUUCGAGUCGCAGAAGAGAUUGUCGCACUUGAGGACGAAUUAUCGGCAGAUUACACAAGUACCAUGACUGCCUGA